CUUGCCCGCAGCCCCCCGGCGGUCGCGGCGCCGCUCAUUGGCCGUCGCCCCCGCAGGGCCCGCCCCGCGCCUCCCGGGGCCGCGACCAGCUCUCCGCGUGCGCGAGGGUGGCGGGGAGAGGGGCCCCGCUGUCGCCUCCUGAUGGAGGGGUGGGCCACGCUUCUUCCUGCAAAGGGGUGCGGGGUCAGCAGCAGCACCUGCUCCCCGCGGCACGUGCGCUCCCGCCCCUCCCCGCUUCCGCUGGCGCCUCGCGCUCCCAGGACCCCAGUGGACACUGGAACCUGGGGGUGGUGGCCAUGAAACGCGCACUGCGCACCAGCCAGCUCCAGUGUGUAGACCCAAGCCCCCCACUGCUCCAUGGACACCCCCAGCCCAGACCCGUUGCCUUCGCCUUUGCCUGGAGAGGAAGAGAGACCGCUGGCCUUGCCGCCUGCAGCUCCCGGAGGCCCAGCUCCCGCGGGGGGCACCUCCUCCCGCCGGGCGCUCAAGGCCUCUGGUCCACGCAGGCGGGGUCGCCGCUCCAAGGCAGGGCGGGAGCCGGCGGGGCCGGGGGCCACAGCAGGGGACCUGCUGCUGAUCGAUGAUCAGGGGGUGCCCUACACGGUCUCCGAAGGGUCUGCGUCGGGCGGGCCCGAGGGCUCAGGCCCCAGGAAGGCGCCGCACCUGUGCCUCGUGUGCCUGCGGGCCUUCCCCUACCUCUCCGACUUGGAGCGCCACAGCAUUUCGCACUCGGAGCUGAAGCCGCACGCCUGCAAGGCCUGCGGUAAGACCUUCAAGCGGUCCAGCCACCUGCGGCGCCACUGCAACAUCCACGCCGGCCUGCGGCCCUUCCGCUGCCCACUCUGCCCGCGUCGCUUCCGCGAGGCGGGCGAGCUGGCGCACCACCACCGCGUGCACUCCGGGGAGCGCCCCUAUCAGUGCCCCGUCUGCCGACUGCGCUUCACCGAGGCCAACACGCUGAGGCGCCAUGCCAAACGCAAGCACCCCGAGGGCUUGGGCGCGCCCCUCUGUCCCCCGGACCCAGGGUCCGAGCCGCCGUGGGACGACGAGGGCAUCCCCGCCACCGCAGGGGCCGAGGGGGAGGAGGAAGAGCAGGGCGAGGAGGAGGAGGUGGGAGGGCAGCAGCCGGCCUGACCCGCGUCCCCGGCCCCCGCGCCCCAGGCCAGACUCAGAGCUGGCGCUCCAGCGGGUGCUGGGCCUGGGCAAGGAGGCCAGGGCACACUUCCGGGAGAGGGCGGAGGGCGGACACCGAAACUUCUGGAUCCUGCUGCCGUCUGUCGCGGUGCCCCGGACUAGGAGGCGCUCAGUGGCCAGCAUGGAGGAAACACACCCUGGCUCCAGGCUUCCUGCGUGU